GAGGAUCAGUCCGCAGCAGAAGAUCCAGAGAGGAAGAGGAUCAGUCCGCAGCAGAAGAUCCAGAGAGGAAGAGGAUCAGUCCGCAGCAGAAGAUCCAGAGAGGAAGAGGAUCAGUCGUCUCUACUGCACAUACCACUCAACACUAAACUGUGACCAUCUCCAGUGAAAAUGUCUGCAGCUAAAGGUGUAGCGAUCGGCAUUGACCUGGGCACCACCUACUCCUGCGUGGGGGUUUUCCAGCAUGGGAAAGUAGAAAUCAUUGCCAACGACCAGGGCAACAGGACCACCCCCAGCUAUGUGGCCUUCACUGACACCGAGAGGCUCAUUGGGGACGCAGCCAAGAACCAGGUGGCUUUGAACCCCAGCAACACUGUGUUUGAUGCCAAGAGACUGAUUGGAAGGAAGUUUGAUGAUCCAGUGGUGCAGGCUGACAUGAAGCACUGGCCCUUCAAGGUGUUGUCAGAUGGAGGGAAGCCCAAAAUUCAGGUGGAAUACAAAGGGGAGAACAAAGCCUUCUACCCUGAGGAGAUUUCCUCCAUGGUCCUGGUGAAGAUGAAGGAGAUUGCUGAGGCUUACCUCGGCCACAAGGUGUCCAAUGCAGUCAUCAACGCAGUCAUCACAGUUCGAGCGUACUUCAACGACUCCCAGCGACAGGCGACUAAAGACGCAGGCGUCAUCGCGGGAUUGAAUGUCCUGAGAAUCAUCAACGAGCCGACGGCGGCUGCCAUCGCUUACGGUCUGGACAAAGGCAAGACAGGAGAGCGCAACGUCCUGAUCUUUGACCUGGGCGGAGGCACCUUCGACGUGUCCAUCCUGACAAUUGAAGACGGCAUCUUUGAGGUGAAAUCCACAGCUGGGGACACUCACCUGGGUGGAGAGGACUUUGACAACCGCAUGGUCAACCACUUUGUGGAGGAGUUCAAGAGAAAGCACAAGAAGGACAUCAGCCAGAACAAGAGAGCCUUGAGGAGGCUGCGCACAGCCUGUGAGAGGGCCAAGAGGACCCUGUCCUCCAGCUCUCAGGCCAGUAUUGAGAUUGAUUCUCUGUAUGAAGGCAUCGACUUCUACACCUCCAUCACCAGGGCUCGCUUUGAGGAACUGUGCUCCGACCUGUUCAGGGGAACACUAGAGCCGGUGGAGAAAGCCCUGAGGGACGCCAAAAUGGACAAGGCACAGAUCCACGACGUCGUCCUGGUGGGAGGCUCCACCAGAAUCCCCAAAAUCCAGAAACUCCUGCAGGAUUUCUUCAAUGGCAGAGAGCUGAACAAAAGCAUCAACCCAGAUGAGGCGGUGGCUUACGGCGCUGCCGUCCAGGCCGCCAUUCUCACAGGUGACACCUCAGGGAACGUUCAGGACCUGCUGCUGCUGGAUGUGGCGCCUCUGUCCUUGGGUAUUGAGACAGCUGGAGGAGUCAUGACGUCCCUGAUUAAACGCAACACCACCAUUCCCACUAAACAAACCCAGGUCUUCACCACCUACUCUGACAACCAGCCUGGGGUCCUCAUCCAGGUCUAUGAAGGGGAAAGAGCCAUGACAAAGGACAACAACCUGCUGGGCAAGUUUGAGCUGGCAGGAAUCCCACCUGCUCCACGAGGGGUCCCACAGAUCGAGGUCACCUUCGACAUUGAUGCCAACGGCAUUUUGAACGUGUCUGCGGUGGACAAAAGCACUGGCAAAGAGAACAAGAUCACCAUCACCAACGACAAGGGCCGACUGAGCAAAGAGGAGAUCGAGAGGAUGGUGCAGGACGCUGACAAAUAUAAAGCUGAGGACGACAUUCAGAGGGAGAAAAUCGCUGCCAAGAACUCACUGGAGUCCUAUGCCUUCAACGUCAAAAGCAGUGUGCAGGAUGAGAAGUUGAGGGACAAAAUGAGUGAGGAGGACAGGAAGAAGGUGAUUGAGAAGUGUGAUGAGGCCAUCAUGUGGCUGGAGAACAACCAGCUUGCUGAGAAAGAGGAGUACCAACACAAGCUGAAAGAGCUGGAGAACGUGUGUAACCCCAUCAUCAGCAAGUUGUAUCAGGGGGGAAUGCCCACUGGUAGCACCUGUGGACAACAGGCACGAGCUGGAGCUGAGGGGCCUACUAUUGAGGAGGUAGAUUGAAGUGGCCCCUGACAGGGACUCUGUGAUCACUGGGACAGUUUGAAACAUAACUGGGACAUUUCACAUUUUUUUCACUUUUUAUAUGUGGCACAGAAGUUUACAGUAUUUACACAUCUUCUGUGUAUGUAAAUAUGUUUUCCUUUUUGUAUUAGGAUUCUUGUGGUGAUUAAAAUAUGUUGUAAUUUAAUAUCUCGGUUGUUUUUACACUGAAUAUAUUAUGUGAUGUGUAAGUUUCU